AUGGCGGCUACCCAGGUUACAGGGGAAGGCUCUGUCAUUUCCCCCACGGACCUACCAGUCAACGCUUCCGGCAAAUCCAACAAACCAGAUAAGGGCAAGAAACAACCAGUUGAGUACGACCUCGACCAAUGCAUCGCAGCAAUAAAGGGGGAAAAGGUCCCGUCCGAUUUAAGCUCUUUUUGGCAUCGUAGAGCAGUCGUCCGCGGGAUCCGUGAUUCACUCCAAUUUGCAACAAGCCCGGCAAUCAUCGAGCUAUGCUCCGGCGACGAUAGCCAAGCUCAUCAGUUUUCGCGCGCACGCAAUGCUCGCCUGAUAAUGAGUGAUAUAAUUCCCGAUAUACAAGACCCUGCCACAGAGCCAUACUGCAUUUGGUAUCCAGAACCUGCAUCGGAAGAAACCUACCGUGAGGUUGCCCGUCGAUAUCCAUCUAUGCGCUAUCAAGUCGGCCGAGCAUGUGCUACUGCUUGGUAUACGGGUCUUUAUAAAGAAUUGGAUCUUCUACCGGACGUAUCUAUUGCUGAAGAAGCCCGCGAUGUUGACGAAGACGCCGAUAUCUACAAAAUUAUUAUGUCAGCUCCUCGACGAUACGUUAUCAUGGAUGAUUUCUCUCGGUCUAUUGAUCUUGAAAGCCCACAAACACCUGCGUUUCUGAAUGGCAAUAUGAAGCCUAGGCGGGCUUUGGGCCAACGUGCUCUCCCUCCCAAAAACUUGCCAGACACGACUGCAGACGAUAUUGACAUUGAGGAGGAUGGAUUUAUUGGGUUACAAAACAUCGGCUUACUAGAACGCGAUACUACACUCGGCCCAGGAGACUCAGGGCAAUUAUGGAUGCCUCUUCCGCCUGAUCUUCCACUUGAGAAACGCCUUCUAACGCAAGUGGCUGCGUGGGAGGGUAAUGUGGAUAGAUACUCUCGAUUGAUGCAUCCACGUAGGCUCAGAACGGAAACUGAAUAUAAUUGUAUUCUUCGUGGAAUUUAUCACCAUACAACUUUUGCUAGAUGGUGGGCCUAUCAGCUGGAAACCAACCCUAGGCGAAAUAUUCUCCCGGGCAAAUUGCUUAGCGAAGGCAAUGAGCGCGAGUGUCAAGAGAUUCGUACCGCGAUCAAUGCUCGCAAAAUUAUGAACAAUGAUAUCUCUGGUAUUAACGAUGACUCUGACUGCCUCCCUUGGCUUAUCUGGUGGCCGGUAAGGCCACAUGAGAACACCUGCAAUGAGCUGGCUCGCAAAUGUCCGUCUAUGAGACACCAAAUUGCGAUCACCUGUAUACUUUGUGACUACGAACUGCUGUUCGUAGCGUUGAAACCCCCUCCACGCGAGUCUCUUUUCGUGGCUGCUAAACAAAGCGGAAACCCGUUCUACCUAAAAUUUCUAGAGAAAUUUGUUAAGGAGCGUUCUAUUGGAUCUAGAGAGAUCUCAGAGUUUGGACCUUACGAUACCACCCUAGAAGCAAGUUUACAGCCUGAUUUGGAGCCCAGAGAUACUCAAGCUUAUUCUUCUAUCACCUUUACUGAUAUGAUUGUCCCCUGGGGGGUGCACCCCAGAGGCGAAUGGGACGCUCCUGGUAUCUACGGGGGCCUGCCAGCCCAAGCGGGAGUUGUGGAGAGAUACAUGUGGCUGUCAACUGAAACCGCGCAGAAGAUUAAAGAUGACUGCUGGAAAUCCAGCGGAGUCUACGAUGGCAGCGCGGAUACUGGUCUCUUGCAUAUUGAUGAUGAUGAUUCGGAAAAUGAACUUUGGCUGAAACUUUCACGUCCUCCAAAGCGUAUGACGUCCUUCGAAAUGGAAGACUCGGAGGACGAAAGCUAG